AACGACUUCGAUAACCUCAUCAAACACAUAAACGAAAUUAUUAAACUAAUUCUCUUAGAGGAGGACUCCAAGAAGAGAAGCUUGAGGGAUAUUAUAUCGGGUUACUUAACCAGUCAGAAAAUUUUGCUUCACAAGAAUGAGAUCCUCUCACAGAUGAGCACCACGCGUCACGUGCAGGGGGGGGAAGAUGUUGCGGGAAACACCUCCAUGAAGGGCGACGCUUCCAGUGACCAGAAAACGAAGCUAAUCGGCACUCCCGCCACAGAUGCGGGGAAAAAUGCUUUGGCAAACGUGAAAACGUUAGGAAGGGAUUCCCCCAUGAUCGAUGAAGAGGGAGAUACCAUAUCAGCAAUAAAGUUGAUAGACACAGAGAACAACACUCGUAAUUUGACAAAGGACAUUAUAAUGGGUGAAAUAAAGAACACCAAGAAGGAAGGCGCAGGUAACGAUGACGCGAAGAAACAUUCGACUGGCUGCACGAAACGGAAGAGUAAAGGGUUAGGCACGCCCUUCCUCAAGGAGUUGGCUCCCUCCAGUGGCAGCAGCGCUAUGAGCGGCAGCAACCGGGUCAGCGGAAACACUGGAGGAGGUAAUCCCAGUGACAACAAAUCUCACACGAACCUAACGAAGACGGACGCAAAACCUGCCGCGUGCAAAAACGCCAAACUGAAGGACUCGAUGAUUAGAAAGACACGUGAAAAACAGGAAGGCACAAAAGAGCUAACCAAAAGUGAGGAAGAAAAUGAAGAAAAUGAAAAAAAUGAAAAAAAUAAAAAAAUGAAUAAAAUGAAAAAAACGAAAAAAAACAACAAAGGAGAAGCGGCGGAUGAGCGGAAUUCCAGCGAUCUAACCGAUGGAAAGAAAAAAAAUGAAUUAGCAAAAAAUUUGAGGCAGAAAAAAACGGCGGUAAUCUCCAAAACUGUAGAAGAAAAAACACCCGCGGAUGUUAAAAAGGUGGGAGCCACUAAGAAGGCAGAAAAGGGUCAAAAAGCUACAGAGGAAAUAAAGGGGAAAAGCAAAAUUUUCUGGCCCAAUAAUUUCAGCAUUAAAAGGGAGAAUCUGGACCAGGGAAAAAAUAAGAAAGUAGACUCCAGGGCAACCCUCAAUUUUAACUAUCCUAAGUACAGCAGGGAUGACAACAUGCACGCCGUUGAGAGUUAUAUGAAGAGGUACGGCUCGACCAGCGCCGUAACCGCAGCAGGAGCAGCGGGCGUGGUUGAAACUACCGCGGCUUUCGCGAACGCGCACUUGGUGCAGCAAAGUAAAGGCGUCCCCCAGAUCAGGUGUCCGCACAAGAAGGGGCAGCCCGGAGUGCCCAGCCUGAGCAGUGCCCACAUGCACAGCGUCAGCGUGAACAGUGCACUCGUGAACGGCGCCCACAUGAACAGCACCCACAUGAACAGCGUCCACAUGAACAGUUCCCACAUGAACAGCGCCUAUGGAAAAGGCGUGGCUCCCUACGAGGUUAAAACGCAAGACAGGGCGUCCCUAACGAAUCUGCCAAACUUUAACGACACUUAUAAAAUGCGAAUGGGUAAAUCCCCCCUAGGAGGUCUCCACCCAGUGCGCGAAAUGAAAUCGGAAAAUUAUUUGUGGAGGGAAGUACAGGGAAAAAAUUCUGGCGCCAGCAAGGAGCUGAUUGCCGAGAAUCACAGCUACGAUUUUAUUUACAAUUACAGUGGAAAGUUGGCCCAAGUGAAAAACGGAAAUGGUAACCUACCAACUCAAAAUGGGAAAGUAGUGGAAACGGUGGCUGGUGUGAAGCUCCUGGAUAAAACUAACCCAGCCAACAUCCCCGUGGCAAACCUCACCAAAGGAAGCAACCACCAACUGUGGGGGAACCCAAAAAGACAAAUCGGCGUUUCGAAAGAUGACAUGCUGCUUGAAAAACCAAAGGUUAAUUUGGGAGAAGCAGAUGAAAAGCAUGCCCUGGGGAUGGCCCCGGCAGAACAGGUGAACCAACUUAAAAAGGAAAGCAAAGAUAGCAAUGAUGGCGAGAGGUUCCAGCGCUGCGAGAAGGACCCCCUCAAACAGAAAAGCGCAAUCCCUGCUAACCCGGUUAACGCUACUAACCCGGUUAACGCUACUAACCCGGUUAACGCUACUAACCCGGUUAACGCUACUAGCCCAGUUAACGCUACUAACCCUGCUAACGCCGCUAACCUUGCUAACCCCGCUAACCCGUCUGGCUUACAACCCAAACUUUUGGACAGCAAACGCACCAGCAACAUGAUGAAUCAUUUUCGAAGGCAAACUCCCUUUACAGACAAAAGGUACAGUAAUGGGUACAACAAAAUGAUAAGCCCUAAUCAUGUGUACUCAGGCUUUAGGAGAAAUCUGAACAGCUUUAACGACAUGAAUAAUGGCUUGCUGCAUGCACAGGGUUCUACGCACACGAGCAGAUAUGCUAGUGCCAAGAGCAAUGACAACUCGGUGCACAUAAAUCAGGGGGACAAAAAAAAAGACAUCCAGGAUGUAGCCAACUCUAACAAUUUGGAGAGCAACUUGAAAAACCUAACCAACUUUAAGAAGCUAGCCAAUUUGAAAAUUUUAAUAAACUUGGGAAACGGGUUCAACGAAAAGAAGCUUUCCCCAGGGGGUGAAGCAAGUGAGAAGAAAGGGAUCGAAACGAAUGAGAAGAAAGGGAUCGAGACGAAUGAGAAGAAAGGAAUCGAGACGAAUGAGAAGAAAGGAAUCGAGACGAAUGAGAAGAAAGGAAUCGAAACCAAGUCAGCAUACAACAGAUUUACCGAAAUUGUGACAAAUAAAAUUAAAAAUUUUACCCUCCGAAAUAGCAAAUCGGUUAGGUGUACUAGGACUAAUGAAAGCGUGCCUUUCUGCAGCUCCACCGAUGAGGGGAAAAAGGACAAAAGUGGCGAACUCAAGGAGGAGGGCAACAAAGCAGCAGAGAGUAACACCAAGGAAGUGCAUAGAAACACACAGAGCUAUGAGAGCUGUUUCCCGAAUGAGACUAGCAACUACCUGUGCGAUAAUAAAAAGGGCAGAAACAUCGUCAGCAGCUUCAUGGGACAGCUAAAUUUUUUCCAAAGCAAAUGUGCGUCUGGGAAGGGGGACACGAAUGAUGAGGAGGAGAGUCAGUUAGGAGAGGCUACUGAGAUGCAGAAAAGCGUGCAGGAAGCAGAUCAAAGCAGGGGAAUUGCAAAACAGAAGGGUAGCAACGCAGAAACGGAGGAGGGAGAAAGAAAGGCCCAGGAUACGGACUCAACCAACAAACCAGGUGACCACAAAGACAGCGACGAAGAUAAGAGUGCCGACAACACUAUUGACAAAGUAAGAAACUACUUGUGCAAAAUGAAAACGCAAGAUGGGGGAAAGAAACGGGUCAAUAGCAUGUAUACUAGAAAGGCCCACGUGUUGAGCGCAGCUAGUGGAAGGAUUGGCGGCGUGCAUGGAGGAGUCCCUCUUAAUAGUCGCACGAGUAACUACGCCGUUCCCCACCUGAGUAACCACGCCGCUUCCCACCUGAGUAACUACGCCGCUUCCCACCUGAGUAACUACGCCACUCCCCACCUGAACCAUCCAAGCGGAAUGCCAAACUGGAAGAACGGCACAAACGGGGGCAUAAGUGGCACUAAAUGUUACAGCGAAAUUUCGAACGAUCAAAUGCAAACAGGUAGCAAUGCUGCAUUUGCACCCAACAGGAGUGUCAAAACUGUGGAGGGAUCACAUAAGACAAAUUACAAUUUUCGAGGGGGUUCCGCAACUCCCACGCAUCACACAACGCGAUCAUCGUACGGGUCAUUCGCGGCAAACGGAGCACUCCAACCGAUGGGCACGAAAAAAACUAACUCUCACUUCGUGCACCACAACCAACCCAGCGGGGAAUUCCUUUUCCCAUUCCAAAAGAGAAACAGUACCUUACACAACCCCAUGUCCGUACCAAAAUUUCAAGAGAAUCAAAAAAAAGUGGCAAAUUCAGUAGAGAUGGAAAAGGACUUGCUCAACAUGUGCGACAUGAAUGCAAAGCAACACAUUUCCUUCACGAACGAUAAGAGGUGUCUUUUUAGGAGCGAGCAAAUGAACCAAAUAGGGUACCCCUGCAUGAAAGCAGACGUCAGUAAUGAGAUCAGCAAAAUGGAACAGCACAGUAAUGCUAAGAGGACAUUUAUUAACCCCUUUGUUGAAGCAGAACCUGCUUUGAAGGGAAUGGGUUCUAUACAUCUGAGUAACAACACGUUGGUAGGUAACCACAACGCGGGACACCAGGAUAACAAUUACCCCUUUUUUAAAGAAAAGCUAACCUCCCUGCAGGAGAAGAGAAACAGCAAUGUCCCAAUGAGUACCUUCAAUUUGCAUAGCUCUCAGGAAAAGCUGAACCGAAAUUGCGUACUUAAGACUGCUUCUAUGCAUGAAAACUGCGCAUUGAAGUCUUCCAGCCAGGGAUGGAGAGGAAGUACGAACCAAAGGGUGGCCAACUAUAUGCAACCCAACGGGGUGAACUAUGUGCCACAGAGCGGUGCCACCUGUAUGUCAAAUACGAGGGUGCACUUGCUUCCGAACAGCUCCACGCAGUAUGCUCCACAAAACGGAUCGGCAAACCAUUCCAACCCAGCCAACCUGUGGAAUCCCCAAAGUUUCGCAAAAGAACCCACGCCCCUACACAAAAAUGACGGAAACGUCUCCGUGGUACAUAACUUCUUAAACGCAUACCAUAAGGGUACCCCCUCGAAUGACAUGCACAGUGUGCAUCCCACCAUUGAUGAAAGUAACCUGACCAUAGAGCAAUUAAUGAAAAUUCCAGGUGUCCAAUUAGGAAAGAACUACAUACAAGAUAUAGACAUUUGUUCAGACUGGCUAAAGUUUAACGACUAUGAUAAGAAGGUGAUAAAAGAGUCCCUAAAGAAUAGCUUGGAGAGCAACAACUACAAGAGUUUUAUGGACUCUAUGCAAUUUACCAAGGGUUUUUUUCCCGGAGUCAACCAGGUGUAA